GGGAGGGGGAGCCCUGCCUCUUUGCCUACCCCAGAUCAAUGCCCUGGCCACUCACUUUCUGAUGUUGCACGACGGGAAAUGCUUUGAAUACUUGCGACAUGGCCGCUCACAUUGAUUGCCAAGAUUGACAGCACUAGCCUUCGCCUUCACUUGAGCAAGAGAAGGAAAUAAAUAAGUCAGAUAUCAACAAAAGCUCAUCGCAGCCUUGACAGCUAAACUUGUGUAAAAGAACGGAAUUCCAUCUUUAUGGCCCAUGGAACCAGUAACAACAUUUAGCCUUUAUCUCAAUAUAAAGCAGUGAUCAUCCUUUUAGAUUAAGCACAUCAAAGCGGAAUUGCCAACGGACCUGAGGUUGUUUUUUCCAGACUUCUGCAUCAAGAUCACUUUCAUGAAUUCAAAACCUGCUCACCAGUGACCACAGGGUGUCGGGGCUGAAAUCUUUCUGCUUCUCAAAGUAAUGUCUUCCAAGCAAGCCACCUCUCCGUUUGCUGACGGAGAGGACGCCAGGAGCCAGGAGCGCCUGCUCUGGGACAGGGAGGAGAGCGUGGAGCCCCACGGCCCCCCCCGGAUGCCGCUGCACAGCCUGCAUGGCAAGGCCCACCCCGAGGAGCAGCCGGCCAUCAGCAGCGUGCCCCCCGAGUGUGACUGGAACAGCGUGAUGGCAGCCCAGCAGCGCAUGGAAUCUGACAGCAAUAAAGUGUGUUCCCUCUACUCGCUCCGGAAUAACUCUACCUCGCCGCACAAGCCUGAGGAGGGGGUCCGGGAGCGCGGCGAUGUCCUAGGGGGCUCCGCCUUCGGCACGCCUGAGCGUCGCAAGGGAAGCCUGGCCGACGUGGUGGAUUCGCUGAAGCAGAAGAAGAUGACGAAGAGCGAGCAGGAUGAGUCCUCUUGCAUGGAGAAGCUACUCUCAAAAGACUGGAAGGAAAAAAUGGAAAGAUUCAAUACGACUGAGCUCCUAGGAGAUGUCAAAGGCACCCCCGAGAGCCUGGCAGAGAAGGAGCGGCAACUCUCCACCAUGAUCACCCAGCUGAUAGGCCUGCGGGAGCAGCUCCUGACCGCCCAUGACGAGCAGAAGAGGCUGGCUGCCUCGCAGAUGGACAAGCAGCGGCAGCAGAUGGAGCUGGCCAGGCAGCAGCAGGAGCAGAUUGCAAGACAACAGCAGCAACUUCUACAGCAGCAGCACAAAAUCAACCUCCUCCAGCAGCAGAUCCAGGUCCAGGGUCACAUGCCUCCACUCAUGAUCCCCUUUUUCCCGCACGAUCAGCGCACCCUGGCUGCGGCGGCGGCAGCCCAGCAAGGAUUCCUUUUCCCUCCUGGACUCACCUAUAAGCCAGGUGAGAACUACCCUGUGCAGUUCAUCCCGUCGUCGAUGGCAGCCGCUGCAUCUGGACUGAACCCGCUCCAGCUGCAGCAGUUGUACGCUGCCCAGCUGGCCAACAUGCAGGUCUCCCCAGGAGCCAAGAUGCCAUCGCUCCCACAGCCUCCCAACUCAUCAGGGCCUGUCUCGCCCACUGGCCUGAAAAGUGAGAAAAGGUCCUCUAGUCCUAUAACACAAGUAAAGGACGAGGGAACGCAGCCCCUAAACCUCUCCUCCAGGCCCAAGACAGCCGACUCAGUCAAGUCACCGAUGUCCCCAACGCACCACCUGUUUGCAGGCAGCAAAGGCAGCCCCACCAGCCUCUCGGCUAAGAGUGGCAUCCCCAGCCCCAUUGGGGGGACUCUGAGCCGGGGUUCCUCCCUGGAUAUCCUGUCCAGCCUAAACUCCACGGCACUGUUCGCGGACCAGGAUGCUGUGAUGAAGGCCAUCCAAGAGGCCCGCAAGAUCCGGGAGCAGAUCCAGAGAGAGCAAUUUCAGCACCACCCCCAGGGCCUGGACGGCAAGCUUUCGGGCCUUGGCGUGGGGCUCAACAACGGCAGGGGGGACAAGGAGAGAGCGCACUACGAGAACCUCGGGCACCACCUGGGCAAGCUGAGUGAUGAGGCGAAGAUGGGCCACCGGGUCAUUGACUUAACCCGGCCGGAAGAUCUGGACGGAGGCAGCAGCACUGCUGAGGCGCGGGUGUACAGGGAGACCCGGGGGAGGAACAACAAUGAGCCCCACAUCAAGCGGCCCAUGAACGCCUUCAUGGUCUGGGCGAAGGACGAGAGGAGGAAGAUCCUCCAGGCCUUUCCGGACAUGCACAACUCCAACAUCAGCAAAAUCCUCGGCUCACGCUGGAAGUCCAUGACCAACCAGGAGAAGCAGCCAUACUAUGAGGAGCAGGCGCGGCUCAGCAAGAUCCACCUGGAGAAGUAUCCCAACUACAAGUACAAACCACGGCCCAAGCGCACCUGCAUCAUCGACGGCAAGAAGCUGCGCAUCGGAGAGUACAAGCAGCUGAUGCGCUCGCGGAGGCAGGAGAUGAGGCAGUUCUUCACUGUGGGGCAGGGGUCCCAGAUCCCCAUUAGCACCAGUGGAGGCCUGGUCUAUCCCGGGGCUAUGGGCCUGGCAGCCACCACGCCCUCCCCGCAGAUGACGUCGGACUGCUCCAGUGCAUCGGCCAGCCCCGAACCGGCCAUCCCCGUCAUCCAGAGCACCUAUGUCAUGAAGGCGGAGCCUGGGGUCACACUUAGCGGGGAGACCAUCAAUGGCGAGGAUGAGAUGGACAUGUACGAGGACUUCGAGGAGGAGCCCAAAUCGGACUAUAGCAGCGACAAUGAGACACAGGAGGCAGUGAGCGCAAACUGAGGGGCCUCAUGGCCAAGCUGGCAGGAAACCCCAUGCGUGAACCUGGGAGGAGCUUGGCAGGAGAAGUGGAGCUCCCCUCUGGACACCUUCAGGAGCCGGCAUGCAUGUGUGGCUCCCGCGUACCGGACAGAUACCUGUUUUAAGUGUUUCUUCAUGUGUGAAGCAGAAGCUGUUUGUUUUGUUUUGGUUUUUUUCGUUUGUUUGUUUUAUUUUAUUCAUGGUUUCUAAUUUUUUCGUUUAUCCAUGGACGUUUUUACACAGUUAGGUUCUUGUGUAUGAAAUAUUGGAUGUCAGGACUUGAAAAUUAACAUUUAAUAUAAAUCCAUAGCUCACAGUGUUACUUCGUCAUAUGGAAAUAUCUUUUACGUUAUUAUUUUUGUUUUUGUUUUUUUUUGGAAUGCUGUUUAAUAGCUUGAGUUACUGUUUGUGAUUGGGGUUAUCUAUCUCACUCAGGUAUGCUGUUCCAGCCAACAGCUUGUGAAUGUGUUUUUAAACUGAACUAUUUAAUGAGAAAGGAGGACGAUGUGCAGAUUUCAUAUAGAGACAAGUGCAGAACCAGCCCACGGGUGUGUCGACGAGCACAGAGGAGGAAACAGCAAGCUCUCUGAUCAUCGCUAGUGUAAUCACGGUCAGGCUGUUAGCACAGGUCGUGUUGAGUUCUAAACUCAAGCGUGCCAAACCUUCCAUGAAAUAUUUUAUGUAUCACCUAUAUCUUCAAAUUUCAAAGUCUUAAGGGAGACACUGCAAGUCUUAGACAAUCCUUAGCCCUCUUCAUGAUGUGGUGUAAAACACCUUUACCAUACUGGUGAUUUUUUUUUCUUUUUUAACCACCAUAGUGAUGUACUCAGGAACUUGGCGACAGAAUGCCCUCUUAUGUACGUGGUUUCCACCGAGUGCUUGGUGCCACUGCUGUGAUGGCAGCGGGGGUGACAGUCACACAGGGAGGCCAAACAGUGAACCCUCUCCUCCCACCAAAUCCAUUACUUACGCCUGAUGAGGCCUGAUGCUAUCCAGGAUGGCACCCUGAAUGACAUCUCUUCUGUCUUUCUGUUCCGUCUUAAUUUCCUGAUCAUCCUGAUUUGGGGCCAACUCUCUUCCAAUCAGACUCCGGUCUCGGUGCCGGGCCCCCUUCGUGUUAGUCUUAAUGGACGCAAGUCUUAUGGGGGGGGGGGCAUCAGCUCUGAGUCUUAAAGGAAAUGCUGGCAGUUGGGUCCCUCCAGUGGAGCUGGAGCGGCACAGAGUAGCACUACUUAGCUGGAAAAACAGUUCUCAAAGGCAGGCUGGAAGGUAACCUUUGUCAUGUUUGUUUUUUUUUAGUUAAUUUAUCUUAAGAAUUCAGAGUAAGCUGUAACUUGUGUAGGAUGUUGAAACGAUAGGUCUGAUCUGCAGAGUAAUUAAUGGUGUACUAGCUGAGUAGUGAUGGGCAGAGGGUUGCAUGUACUUGACACUUUAAAGCAGCCACAGAAAAAGGCGCAUGCAGGCCACACUGCGUCCCUCAAGGUCAUGGGGUCACUUUUGCAGUUCGACGCCCCCCUACUGUAGUUUGUUGGGCUGAGUGAGGGUCAGCGGUCAGCGGUCCGCAUCUGGCCUCCUCCUGCUGCAGGUUAGGUGGACACAGCUCCUGCUCCCUGCGCCCAGUGGCGCUUCCACUCCCAUGUGGGGGGAGGGGGGGGGGUGCCAUCUGGCCCCGCGAGGUAGGGAACAUCAGCAAGGGGAGGACAAAGGGGAAAUCCAUCGUGCUGUUUAUUGUGCUCUUUAUCAAAGGGCUCCAGCGAGGGAGCUCCCGGCCGGGCCACAAGACGUUGGGCGAGCAGAUGGAACCGGUACAUCAAGCUGUGGGGGAUUAUUAAAAUGACUGACGAUUCAGUUUCAUCUCAAAUGUAGCAUUAUUAAUGCUGAGGUCCUGCUCGUUUCCGUUUGCCCUUGAAUCGGUCGACUUCAUUAGUAAACAGUCGAUUUCACGGAAACAUUCCCGUCCCUGUACCUCUGAUGGCUGAAAUUCUUGCUCGCUCUCCUUCUUUCAUGUGCUUUUUCCAGAGGGCCUGCUUGGUUUUUCCUAUGUCUCCACUACUCUACAGUCUUGAGUUGUUUAUUUCCAUUUAAAUGAACAAUUUCCUCCUUUUUAAGGAAAAUAUACAUUUAGCUUAAUGAUAUUUAAAGUUGUUCAGUUUAACCCUUUCUUAGUGCUUUAAUGUAGUAAAAUGACAUUUUUAUGUUCUCUCGGACAAUUCAAUUUGUGCCCCCCCCCCCCCCCAACAGACAUGGGUAGGGAUUUUUAGGUUGUGUUUGCUAGUUAUUUUUUUUGUACCUGAUUUCUCGCAGUCAUGACCGAAAUCCUGAAAGGUAUCAGAGAAUAAAGGACUGUUCUUAGGAUUGAAACUUGAUUACACUUAAACAAUAUAGAAAAAAAAUCAGAAAGUCAUGCAGAGAUAAUAUUUCAUAAGUGUUAUAAGCACUGGAUAUAGAUGAUUUUUUAAAUCCGUUCUGACUAAUGUGAAACUGUUGUAUAGAAAGAAAAAAACAAAACAAAAAAAGAACAAAAACCAGUUUUGACUCGUGUGAGUGUGCCUCACAGUUGCUGGAUUUGAGUCAGUUUUUUCCACUUUAUUUGAACCAUUUAUUUAUGCAGAUGUGUGUCUUACAAAUAAGGAUUUUGUUUUGGCUCCAGUGUUUCUUAAACGGGAACGGUCAACUGGUGACGCAGGGCGCGUCAGAAUCUGGGAGAGAUGGGUGUUACUUUGACGAGACCUACAUUGGAAGCUAACCUACAGUGCACUGUCUACUACAUAGACAUUUCAUUAGAUGUAUUGGCCUGUGUUGGCUAUCAAUUUGUAUGAUAUAACAAGACAAUCAGAAAAAACUACAAUAAAAUUCAUAAUUGAAUUGGAGCUCAAAACAAAGUUUUUUUUUUUUAAUUUUCCAGCUCAUCAUAGAUUUUUAAAUUGUAAAUAUAGGAAAAUAGAAUUAUAUUUUUAUUCAUGAAUACCUAGUGGUGUAAGUUAUGUAUUUGACUUUUUUCCUUUUUUUACACAUCAGUGUAUGUCAGUCGAUGUCAUUAAAAAGCUGACAAGCCACUGUACCUCAUAUAGAUGCUGAAUUAAAAAACCGUCAUGAAAGAUAGCAGUAUUCAAGCUGAACAUGGGUUUGUGAGGUACCUCACUUGUGUGUGUUUCAAGUAACCUGUUGGUUAUAUGUGUUGGUCUUCUGCUGAAGAAAAAAAAAGAGUAAGAUUCUGGUACGUAAGAAUUGUACAAAUGAUAAAAUAUUUCAAGGAACCGGCAUCUGUCAGAGCAACUCAGUGCAAUCCCAGGUGAAGCAGCGGAAAGCCUGUUUCACAUCUUUCAUGAGGACAGUGUUCAGAAUCCCUUAGCAUUGGCUGGUGUCCGCGUUGAGCACUUAAGUUUACACGUUUCAAACUGAGGUUUUCCCAUUCUGUACUUGUCGACUUCAAGCAGCAGUUAAAAAAAUUUUAAUCCACCAGGGGUUGGAUGAUUGUGCCAAAUUUUGUAAAGGGGGGUAAAUACAGAAAAAAACACAAAAAUAUGUGACAGUUUUAAAUGCAGAUGCGCAUGCGUGAUUUAUUGUUGUUCAUUUUUAUUCCUGGUGAGGUUAGAUUAGAGGCGUGCAAAUAUUUAUUUGUUUUUCCUUUUUUUUUGUCAGUGGUAUUUAGCUUAACUUUUUAUAUCUAUAAUUUCCGGUCCUUUAGCAAUGCUGUGGGCAUGGCCCUUCUGUUGCUGGAGCUGUCUGGCUCUAAAAUCUUCUCUAGAAUAAGCAAGUUCUCUAUGUAAUAAAAAUUACAUUCAAAAAAAUUAAAAUCCCCUUCUCAGCAGGUACCCCGGCCUAUGGCAGAUUUUGUUGGAGAUACUAGAGAUGAAAUGGUCUCUGUUGCUGCUUUGAAAAAAAAAAUGUUUUAAGUCAAAAAUGUAAAUAGUUUAUGGAAAUAUCUUGUACAGACCAGUGUAAAGUUUUUAAUUGAACUCAUAAAGGUUGCCAUUACAUUCGCCUUCACAUUCUCCUUUAAAAGACAGCAGUUUGCUAAGGAUUAUUGUUUUAAACAGAAAAAGGUACUAAAAUGUGUUUUGCUUGGCUUCAAAAUGUAACGCAGCCAGUCAUUCGUUUCCAUGUGCAGUACUGACGUGAGGUAAACUCAAGGUGAAAUUAUUCUACAUCGGUACCUACAGAGAGCUGUCUCCUCUGUCCGCAGUAUUAAUACAUCAGCAGAUGCCAAGCCAGUUUGCGACUGAUUCUGGCAUCACUAGGCACCUUAGCUAUGUGUACAGAUUCUUAGGUCUUACCCCCCCCCCCGCCCCCCACAGGGUGUUUUUUUACAUAUUGUUAUGUAACAGCGCCUUUAUAUAUACCUAAUGUUUAUGUGACAUUAAGCGAUGUGGAGAAUCGCGCAUGGGAGAGCGUGUGACUGCCUGUUUAAACUCAUUUACCUCAAGGGUUUCCUCCUUUCCUAAAAACAAACACACACACAAACAUACAACAAAAAAGUCUUACCAUCUCCAUCACUCCAUCUUUUGUACUGCUGUUGACACAAAUUAAAGAGACAUUUUGUUUUAAAA